AUGGAAAGUGCCUACCUGAAGAGAUGCUUUGGAAAUUCCCUAACCCAAGCACUGGCAGAGGUGGCAAAGGUUCGACCCAGUGACCCAAUAGAGUACCUGGCUCACUGGCUUUAUCAUUAUAGGAAAAUUACUAAAGCAGAUGAAGAGAAUAAGCAAAAGAUGAUACAGCUGCAAGAGGAAUGUGACUGCGGCCUCAAGGACGAAGAAAUGCUGAAACAAGAAGCGCAUCAGACACAACGGAGGUGUGCACGGUGUCACAAGAAGCUGGUCUCCACAACACAGGCUGUCCUCAUGAAGGAAGACACAGAAUCCCUUGAGAAGGCCUUGAAUCAGGCAUCGCUACCAGGUCCCUCCAAUGCAAUUUCAGGAACACAUCAACAGGUUCUGCCUACACCACCAGCCCACCAGACUGAGCUCAACCUCAAAACUCCACAAGAAAUAAAUGCCUAG